AUGACUGGAGGAAGAAAUAAUACAACAGUCACUAAGUUUAUUCUUUUGGGAUUCUCAGAUUUACCCAAGCUCAAGAGUGUUCUCUUUGCAGUAUUCUUGGGGACUUACUUCUUGACAGUGAUCUGGAAUUUGAGUCUUAUCAUCUUGAUUAGGUUGGACUCCUACCUACAUACACCCAUGUACUUCUUCCUCAGCAACUUAUCCUUCUUAGAUUUCUGCUAUGUCACUUCCACAACCCCCAAAAUGCUCUCGAACUUCUUCCAGAAGCCUAAAUUCAUCUCUUUUAUGGGGUGUACCAUGCAAUACUUCUUCUUCUCUAGCUUGGGUUUGACUGAGUGCUGUCUUCUGGCAGCCAUGGCUUAUGAUCGAUAUGCUGCCAUUUGUAACCCUCUGCUCUACACAGCCAUCAUGUCCCCCAGUGUCUGUGUGCAGAUGGUGGUUGGAGCCUACAUAACUGGUAUCUUUGGUUCAUUGAUCCAACUGUGUGCUUUACUUCAACUCAAUUUCUGUGGACCAAAUGUUAUCAACCACUUCUUCUGUGACCUGCCUCAAUUAUUAGUCCUAUCCUGCUCUGAAACAUUUUUCCUACAAGUCAUGAAGUUUUUCAUAGCAGUGAUUUUUGGUGUGACAUCUGUCUUUGUCAUUAUAAUAUCCUAUGGUUAUAUUGUUGCCACCAUCCUGAAGAUCAGCUCAGUAAAAGGCAGAUACAAGACUUUCAACACCUGUGCUUCUCACCUGACAGCAGUGACUUUCUUUUUUGGAUCAGGACUCUUCGUCUAUAUGCAUCCCAGCUCUAAUAAGUCUCUGGGCUAUGACAAGAUGGCAUCUGUCUUCUAUACACUGGUGAAUCCCAUGUUGAAUCCUUUGAUUUACAGUCUGAGAAACAAGGAAAUCAAAGAUGCCCUUAAGAGGUAUAAGAAGAAGAGAGUGUUUUCCCAUUGCCACUGUUAA